GUCGAUCGCUCUGAGAACUUAUAUGGCCCAUACUAUCAUAUGUGGCAAAGGGCAAUUCGUAUGGCUUUGAAAACCAAACACAAGAUUGGAUUUAUCGAUGGAUCCAUCCCAAUGCCUGAUGUGGGAGAUCAAAAUUUUGGGUUAUGGGAUGCAUCAAAUAUACUGGUUUUAUAUUGGAUUCUUAAUUCAAUUGCUACGAAAAUUAGACGUAGUGUUAUGCAACAUGAAAAUGCUAGAGUUCUUUGGGAGGAAUUGAAGAAGCAUUUUGGUCUUCCUAAUGCAAUUAAGUUGGCAAACUUGGAAGAUCAGAUUACAACCUGUAAGCAGGGUUCCUUGGACAUUACCCAAUACUAUACUGCAUUCAAGGGAUUGUGGGAAGAGAACCUUCAAUUCAAUACCAUUGUUGAGUGUGAUUGUGUCCCUCAAAGAACUCGACCAUGUGCAGCUGUAGAGGCCUUCAAGCAGAAACAAGAGGUUGAAUAUCUGAUUCGUUUCCUGAAAGGGUUCAGGCCAGAGUAUGAUGUUUUCCAUACACAGAUGUUAAUGAGGAAGCCACUCCCAAUGUGAACAAUGCAUUUGAUUUGCUCCAACAUGAACAAAAAAUCAAAGGUGACAAAUGUGGAGUGACUAGAGGUGUUCAGACAGUUGCUCUAGUUGUGUUAGGCAACUCAGGGAAUAAGCAUAAACUUGUAGAAGGAUCACAUGGCAAGAAAUUCCGUAGGCACUGCAAAAAGGAGAACUACAACAUUAUAGAUUGUUAUUGGCUCAAGAGGAAAAGGCCAGAAUGGCAGGAGGAAAUGUGUUAGUAGCUGUUUCCCAAAGUGAUUCCUACACUGACAAUGACACAACCAGUUUAGACACCAAAAUGAGCAUUGACACCAAGACCUCCAAUACAAGUUUUGGCUUGUCAUAUGAGGAUAUGAACAAGCUCAAGUUCCUGCUCAACUCAGUCUCUCCUUCUUCUAGUCCUUCUCCACCUACAUCACCAUCACUGAAUCAUCAUGCAUUUUCUGUGGCACAACAUAUUCCUCACUUUCCUAAUUUUACUCGUAAGUAUAUUCUUUCUCCCUACUUACAACAUCAAACAAAUGCUCUCAUGGGAAUAUGGAUACUUGAUACUGGGGCUUCAUAUCACAUAGCCUGCAGCCUAGAUCUUUUCAUUGAGUCUACUCCAGCGCAUAACCAAUUUGUGUUCUUGCCUAAUGGGACUAAAGUUGUUGUUAGUCAUGUGGAAGAGUCAAACUACCUUCUGAUCUGAUCCUUGAUAAUGUCCUCCUAGUGUCUAGUUUUUCCUUUAAUCUAGUGUUUGUUAGCAAACUCACAAAUAACCUACCUAUUUCCUUAUACUUUGAAUUUGAUUCUUGCCAAAUUCAAGACCUCAUGACCCAUAGCAGGACUGGUUUGGCACAACAGAUUAGAGGCCUCUAUCAAUUAAAUUGAAGGACUUCACAACCUUAUUCGACUCACUUCCAAGCAACAACCACCUACAAUUUCACCCCACAAAACAUUGAACUAUGGCACUGGAGGCUAUGACAUUUUCACAAAGAGAAAGAAAAACUCUUAGUUCCAUGUAAUAGGACCUCAGUUUGAGACUUGUCAUUAUGCCAAACAAAAAUGGCUACCUUUCUCUGUUAGUUCUUCUUAUGCACAGAAUGCUUUUGCAUUGAUUCAUGUGGAUAUAUGGGGUCAUAUUGUUGUUAAAUCCCAUGAGGGUUACUCUUAUUUCCUCACCAUAGUCGAUGACUACUCUAUACGUGUUUGGACUUAUCUGAUGAAGUAAAAAUCCGAGGCCAAUAAGUUAUUAGUCUCUUUUUUGUGUGAUGAUUGCCAAACAUGUCAUAGUUAUCAGAAGUGACCAAGGGGUUGAGUUCCACAUGGCUGAAUUCUAUGCCACACAGGGUAUUGAGUAUCAACUAUCCUGUGUUGAAACACCUGAGCAAAAUGCUAGGGUUCAAAGGAAACAACAACACAUUCCCAAUGUGGCUCAUUUACUUAGAUUUCAAUAAGGUGUCCCUUAGAAUUCUGGAGUGAUUGUAUUCUUCAUACUAUGUAUCUCAUAAAUCGUAUUCCCACUUUUGUGCUUGGAAAUAAGUCAACUUAUGAACUUCUUUAUCACCAACCCCUAGUCUAUCUGGCCUACGAGUGUUUGGUUGCCUUUGUUAUGCUACCACACUCCAUUGAGACAACCAAAUUUGACAGUAGAGCCAAACAAUGCAUCUUCCAUGGUUUCCCUUCUGGCAUCAAGGGCUAUAAACUGUGUGAUCUUAA